GUGACCCUUCUUCAUCCGACCGAAUGCUUUCGAGGCCUUUUUCACUUGUACAAUUAAUUAUUAAUAUUAACAUUACCAAACGCAAAAUGGCGUUGCGUAUGAGUUCUCCCCUCCGAUGCCCUUCCGAUGCGCCGCUUUUAUCGGGACUAUAUUACCGACAAAACCUUCCCACACUAAAUCUUGUUCCCUCAAUCAAUCUCAAUAAGAAGAUUUCAUACUCAAGCAGUCGUCGCCGUAGAUUUAUGUCCGUGAAGUGCCAAACAACGACGGAAAGGACGUCCAUCUCUGAAAAUAGAAUGCUGGUUAUUGUUCCGCCACAUCCGUUGAUCAAGCAUUGGGUUUCAAUUCUUAGAAAUGAACAGACUCCUUGUCCAAUCUUUAAGAAUGCAAUGGCUGAGUUGGGUAGGCUGCUUAUUUAUGAAGCAUCAAGAGAUUGGUUGCCCACUAUCACAGGGGAGAUUCAGUCACCAAUGGGUGUUGCUUCUGUAGAAUUUAUUGAUCCAAGAGAACCUGUAGCGAUCAUUCCCAUCUUGAGGGCUGGUCUUGCUCUUGCAGAACAUGCAGCAUCAGUCUUGCCAGCAACAAAAACAUACCAUCUGGGGAUUAGCAGAAAUGAGGAGACGCUUCUGCCAACUAUAUAUUUGAACAAGUUACCUGACAAGUUUCCUGAAGGAUCUCGAGUAUUUGUUGUAGAUCCUAUGCUGGCAACAGGUGGCACAGUAGUUGCUGCUCUUGACUUGAUAAAGGAGCGCGGUGUUGACAACAAGCAAAUUAAAGUGGUAUCUGCUGUCGCUGCUCCUCCAGCCCUUCAAAAGCUCAGUGAGAAGUUCCCUGGGCUUCACGUAUUUGCUGGAAUGAUUGACCCGACUGUUAAUGACAAAGGGUUUAUAAUUCCUGGACUUGGAGAUGCAGGAGACCGUAGCUUUGGCACAUAAAGCCACGAGAAUCGAUGAGACACUCAGCCUUCUUAUUGUGAUCUCAUUCAAUUUUGACAUUUUGAGCGUAUCAUUAAUCAAAAAGAGCUACGGGCGUUUCCUCACUGGAGUUUGAUCGGCAGUUUUUCUUCUGGGAUUGGGUUGGUUCAUGAGCAAUUUAAAUUGGUAAUGGAUCAAACUAUAUUAAUUUUUUGUUCAAGUAUGAUUGACUAUAAAAGCAGGUGUAUUGACUUAUUAUAAUUCUCAAUGAUAAUACCAUUCAUUUA